AGCCGCCACUCUUGCCAGCCCGCUUGGAGAACUGUUUGAGAAAGCGCUGCGGGAAGAAGACAUCUUCUGGAAUUCUUCAGCAGGGGCGGGGUCUGCUGCUGCUCUGCGCUGCCCCCUCGGCGGCGCUGCCCUCGGCGACUACCCCUGACCGGCCGAGGUCACGUCCGGAGACGGGAUCAUGAAGCGCUUGGUGGCCACCUGGCUCUUGGUGGGGCUAAGCCUGGGCGUUCCCCCGUUCGGCAAAGGUGAUGUUUGUGAUCCCAACCCCUGUGAACACGGAGGGGUCUGUUUGCCAGGACUGGGUGGGGCUUCCUUUUCCUGCGACUGUCCAGAUGGCUUCACAGAUCCCAACUGUUCUAGUGUUGUGGAGGUUGCAUCAGACGAAGAAGAGCCAACUUCAUCAGGCCCCUGCCUUCCUAACCCAUGCCACAAUGGGGGAACGUGCGAAAUCAGUGAAGCCUACCGAGGAGACACCUUCAUAGGCUACGUCUGUAAAUGUCCUCGGGGAUUCAAUGGGAUUCACUGUCAGCACAAUAUAAAUGAAUGUGAAGCUGAUCCUUGCAAGAAUGGUGGGAUAUGCACAGACCUGGUUGCUAACUACUCCUGCGAGUGUCCAGGGGAAUUUAUGGGGAGAAACUGUCAAUACAAAUGCUCAGGUCCGUUGGGAAUUGAAGGUGGAAUCAUAUCAAAUCAGCAAAUAACAGCUUCCUCUACUCACCGAGCUCUUUUUGGACUCCAGAAAUGGUAUCCCUACUAUGCACGUCUUAAUAAGAAGGGGCUGAUAAAUGCGUGGACGGCUGCAGAAAAUGACAGAUGGCCGUGGAUUCAGAUAAAUUUGCAAAGAAAAAUGAGAGUUACUGGUGUGAUUACCCAAGGAGCCAAGAGGAUUGGAAGCCCGGAGUAUAUAAAAUCCUACAAAAUCGCCUACAGUAAUGAUGGGAAGACUUGGGCAAUGUACAAAGUCAAAGGCACCAGUGAAGACAUGGUGUUCCGUGGAAAUGUCGACAACAACACGCCGUAUGCUAACUCUUUCACACCCCCCAUAAAAGCUCAGUACGUGAGACUCUAUCCACAGGUUUGCCGAAGGCACUGCACUUUGCGAAUGGAACUUCUUGGCUGUGAACUCUCGGGCUGUUCCGAGCCUCUGGGUAUGAAAUCAGGACAUAUACAAGACUAUCAGAUCACUGCCUCCAGCAUCUUCAGAACCCUCAAUAUGGAUAUGUUCACUUGGGAACCAAGGAAAGCCCGGCUGGACAAGCAAGGCAAAGUGAACGCCUGGACCUCUGGCCACAACGACCAGUCGCAAUGGUUACAGGUGGAUCUUCUUGUCCCUACCAAAGUAACUGGCAUCAUUACACAAGGAGCGAAAGAUUUUGGUCACGUACAGUUUGUUGGUUCCUACAAACUAGCUUACAGCAAUGACGGAGAACACUGGACUGUCUACCAGGAUGAAAAGCAAAGAAAAGACAAGGUUUUCCAGGGCAAUUUUGACAAUGACACCCACAGGAAAAACGUCAUUGACCCUCCCAUCUAUGCACGGCACAUAAGAAUCCUGCCUUGGUCCUGGUACGGGCGAAUCACGCUGCGGUCGGAGCUGCUGGGCUGCACAGAGGAGGAAUGAGAAGCCCCGUACGCCACAGCCCUCUUCUCUACUUCCCUGAAAGUAUUUCCAUGGAAUGAACUGUGCAAAAUCUGUAGGAAACCGAAUGAGGUUUUUUCAUGAAGAAGUGCUUAAAUUAUGGUAGGCCACUGUCUUUUCAAGGAGGUCUAAGCCUGCCUUUUCAAUGAUUUCAUUUGAUUUUUAUUGGUCCAGUCUCUUAAAGACCAUAUCAUCUGUGAGUUACUUUUCUUAUUAUUUUCUGAGUUAUUCAUAUUAGUUGCAAUAUAUUGGGGAAAGAAAGUAGCCUUCUUUAUAUAGUAAGGGUAAAUAAAAAAGUCUCAACGUCAUCAAAUACUUGCAAGAGUUGGUAGAGCUUUUAUAAUCGGUAGUCAGCUGAUUCUUGUAAAAGGAAUCCGCAGUGUUUGUUAGCAAUAAGGGUUUUUUCUUCUGUAAUAAGUCUACAUUAUCCUAUCUGUUUCCCUGUGCCUAUAAAACAUGUCAGUGUUUAUAACAGAAAUUUGAAGAAGAAUCUGUAACAUGAAGUACUAAUUGUUCUAAUUCUCAUUUUACUUUCAUUAUUUUUAAUAAGGGAUUAUAUGCCCUUUUUUCUUUUGCUCUAUUCUGCGUUCUUUAUAUUGCAUAUUGCCUGAAUAAGUCAGUAUUUUUCUUAAUUGAAUUUUCUCCUACUACUCGCCUAAACAUCAUGUUUAUUUAUAUACCUGGAACAUGAUUAUCAGUAGUUUGAUCUCCAUGUAAUAUCAGUAGAUUAAAUAUGCAAUUUCAUUUCUGAAGGAAGUUUUAACUACAGAAUUUCCAAAUACUUUAUUUAUAAAGAAUCCCAUGCACCAGUUUGCA